AUUGUGGGUAUUUAAAACUUAUCUAAGGCCUUUGAGUUCUAUUCCUGAAUUUUAAUCAAAUAAAUACCUAAUCAUAAUUAUAAUAAUUCAGCAUGACAUUAUUUCAUUUCGGUAACGUUGUGGCAUUGGCAGUACUUCCAAUAUAUUUUCUGUAUAAGUUUUCAGGAUUGUCAGAAUAUGGAUUAACGAAAAUAUUCCAUGCCGGUUCAAUUUACGUAUUUACUCAAUUAUGUAAAAUGCUCAUUCUUACUUUCUUCCCGGAAACUAUAAACACAGAUCCAGCAGAUUUUAAUUUCCUCGGAGAAUGUUUACGUUGCUCUGCUGACCUCUUGGAUUUUGUUGGACUCGCCUUUGUACUCAGUAAAAUACCUGGUAAGAGUCAUUCUAAACUUCUUACUGCUGCGGUGGGUUGGUCGUCAGCUGAAAUUAUUUUAUCAAAGGGCUUAAUAUUAUGGCGAGCUCGUGGAGCUGAGUUCUCUUGGAUUUACACUCAAAAGAGCCUUGAAUCAAACAUACUUCUAGUUGUAACGUGUACUGUUACCUGCCUCCUUUGGCUAUUUUCUCGGCAUGAUCUAAAUAGGAAACAUGCUCCAAUUGUAACGUUUCUACUUCUGGCUAUCGCAUUCAAAGCUGUAUGGUUAGAUGGAACUUUAUUAGUUAUGGGAAUAGGAACGUGGACAUGCUUAGCGAUAAAAAUGGCUGUUUCAAUUUUCUGCUUUGGAUUGCCCACCUUGUAUUUAUAUGCAAAUAUGGCACAGACCAUAGGGAUAUAAAAAUUUGAAAAAUUCAGUGUAUUAUGAGGAACGGGAAUAAUUUAGCAUUAAUAAACUGAUAUCUGAAAGUAUCAAAGUUAAAAUUUCGAUUAAAUAUUUAUAACAGCUUUUCAAUAUUCAAAUUCCAUAAAACGAGACAUCGCCGCUUAGCGGUCCUUUAAAAUUUCCAGCGUUUGUUUUCUUUUCUUGAAAAUAUUUUGUUUGACAAUUGAAAAGUGUAAAAGUUCUAUCAAUAUUUCUUCAAAUUGCUAAAUAAAACGAGC